AUGGGACCUGCUAGCGCGAUUCAGAAGGAUGUUCACCUCAAUACGGCCCCUGGAAGUUCAGAGGAUCAGCUCAAACUUGACCCAUAUCGUCCGAUCGCCUCGACCCUUCAAAGAAGCUUACAGCGUUUUCUCCCCGAUGAUUCAAGCUUGAGAACUCAAUCAUCUCUACCUAUUCUCAUGAAUCUUGAUGCUUCAUCCUACGCCUCGCGCGUGUCCGGCAAGACGCUGAUCCUGGAUCCUCAUCAAGCUUCUUCCAGCAGCAGUGAGCUUGUAAGCGGCAAGAAGAGGAAUAGGGGGGAUCCAGAUGCGAAAGGCAAGGCAAGGGCAGAGCAUGAGAGCCGGGCAGAGACUAUGACAGACUUGGGUCUUGAUGGUUUCAGAAAGGUCAAAACACGCCUUGGCGGAGGAGUAAAGAGAGGGAUGAAAAUGGACUACAACGCUCUGUUGCCACUUCAUUACCUCCAUACGCUAUACCUUAUCCAACUUUUCGCUCUGCUACCUGUACCGCGAAAUCUGGUUCCUUAUACGUCCACCUCGACUCAAGGCCGUUCUCGCCAAACACCUCGACUCCCAGAAGGUAUGACAAACGACGGUAUCACCACACUCCUGUCAAAGGCAGAGUUUACAGGGAUGGAAAUGUCUAUCGUGUCCUCGAGGAAUUCAUCGCUCGUUGGCCUCAAGGGUAUCGUGGUAGAAGAAACGGCCAUGACGUUUGCCCUGGUAGCACCAGAUUCAAAAGUCAGAAUCAUACCAAAAGAAGGGACAUUGUUCCGCGUACAUUUUCCAGCGUACGCUCCGGAGUCGUCUGGGAUCGUUCCACCUCCGCCAGCUCAGACCGAGUCCAGUAUCAGACGUCAAAACAAAAUCAACGAUCAGACUGCAGCCAAUUUGGAAGCCGAGCGUCUGAAUGAUGGCACCUUUCAUACCCUCUCACAGCAUCUGGCGAUAUGUCCAAGAAUACAGAUCGACAUUCUCGGUUCUUCUUUCCUAUACCGAUCUGCUGAGAGAGCUGGUCGCAAGUUCAGGCCGGCGCAAGGUCGUGGCGGAGGCAGCGGGUGGGGAGAAAAUUGGGUCAAAGCAGAAUGGAGCGAGGUCCUUCAGGCUAUGGAGCAGGCUAGUAAGGGUGCUCGACAAGGCACUACGGAAACGCUUGUAUCGAACGAGUGUGAGAUGGACGUCGCGAGCGGAGAGAAAGGGGUCGGCGCGACUGGUAGGAAGAAGCGCAACAAGAGCAGACGGAAAGAUCCGCCCGCAGGUGGCUCUCAUCAAGUGCAUUUUUAG